UGGGUUGCCUGAUUGGUUGUGAAGGUGUGAAUGGCUGGAGGGCCGUAUAAAGGCUCACCAGGCGCCUGCUGCUGACAGCACUGAGCAGACAGACGAGCCCACGUUCUCUCUACCACAAAUCGAGAUGAUUACACAGAGGCGUGCGAGCCUGAGGAGAGCCUUGCUCUCAGCCGUGGUGGCGCAGCUUCUCCUGAGCACAGCAGGACGCGCGGCGGUGCUGACGGGCGACGUCCAAACCACAGCGGCCGUGUCCUCGCAUCAGAACAGCAGCGCCGACGACCCCGUGGUCCUGCGCCUGCACACGCCGUGCGGGAGGGAGCACGAGAACUACUGCGAGAACGGCGGCCAGUGCAUGUUCCCCCAGGACAGCGACAAGCCGUCGUGCAUCUGCAGGCCCCCGUACGGAGGCCCCCGCUGCCUCUUCUUCACCGAGGUCACGUACACCCCCCCCGGCCUGGAGAAGGGCAUCGCCGUCGGCUUCUCCCUGGUCAUGCUGCUGCUGGGCCUGGUCAUCCUCAUGUACUGCUGUGCUCAGCGGAGGUGUUUGAAAUCGGCACCACUGAUAAAAUCUGCACCAUCUGAGACGUCGGUGUGACGCCUCACUCCGACAGCCUUCAAAUAAUAUGUUCCAUGAAAAUGAUGCUCUUUUUGUACAGUAUUCCAUCUUUUAUUUAUGUGUAAAGUUUUAUAUUAUUCAAACAUUAAAAUGUUGUGAAAUGAUGCAAUCUGCAGAAAAGCUUCAGUCACACCUGGUCAGGCUUUUCAUGUCAAACCGGCCCAUCGUCCUCGUUUAAAGCAUGAGGAUGGAGAAAACCUGUUUAUUUAUUUUAAUCUAACUUAUUAAAAGUUUUUUAUUUUAUAUUUAAAGUUUUGUAAUAAAUGUAUGAAAGCAACA